AAAGUAUUUAAGAGGGAAUCCUAUCUAAGGGACACCUCACCGUUGCCUUAUCUCAGCCCUUCCCACGGAUCCUGAUCCAUCCCCAAAUUCAGAGCCGCAAUGUCUAUGACUGACAUACUCAAGGCUGAAGACAUCUCAAAGGCUAUGGGGGCCUGUUCAGCUCCUGAUUCAUUUAACCACAAGAAAUUCUUUGAGAUGGCUGGCCUAAAGGGCAAGAGUAAAGAAUCCAUGAUACAAGCAUUCAAAGUGCUGGAUCAAGAUAACAGUGGAUUCAUAGAGGAGGACGAACUUUGUCUUAUAUUGAAAGGCUUUGACCCUAAAGGCAGAGUUCUAACGGCCAAGGAAACUAAGGACCUUCUUAAUGCCGGUGACAAAGAUGGAGAUGGUAAAAUCGGCAUGGAUGAGUUCGCAAACUUGGUGGCAGAAUCCUAAGCAAGAGAAGCUCUGUAGUAAUUUUAGCAAAGCCUUUCCCCUCUUUGGACACCAAUUUAUUUAUUGCUCCCGUUUUAUACUCCACCUCUGGUCCCUGCCUCCUGGAUCUCCGUGCUGGAACAAAGCGUAACAAAAUGCAAUAAAGGGCAAAAACAUCCCAGAAA